UAUGCACCAAUUUUAACACACUGUCCUUAUUUUCAGAUACUGAUCACAUUACCAUGCUGAAGUCACACCUAACAUCAGAGGGCCAUCUGCUGUGUGCGGCCAUCCUUUUUACCUUAGUCAGCCCGCUCCUGGCACCCCCUCCUACCACGCCCCAGCCGCCAGACCAACGGCUCAUCUCCGAAGACGUCAAACGUUUUCUCCCCCACUCAAAGUGUUCUAGUAUUCUCCCUCAUCCUGUGUUGGACCUCCUUCUCCGCCCGCUCGGGUUCAAACUCUCGGCGAAUGGGAUGAAGUAUAAUGCUACGUGUACCCGGCCGUAUCCUCAAACUGAACAGACGUCGGUACCCGAUCCUUUGGGGGAGCUUUGUACGCUGGCUUUUACCACACUCCAAGAAGCAUGCAGUCUGGGCUCUGCGUCAUCCACGGCAAUUCAAGCUGACGUCAUAUCAAGAAUCCCAUCCAGGGAGAAGACUCCUUUAGAGGAGGUUUGUGCUGAACUCUCUCAGUGGGUUACGCAAAUUACCCCUCCUGGUGAUCACUCGGGGAGGCUCUAUGGAGAUCAAUGUGAAUCAACCUGUGCCGAUCCGGCUGGAUCGGGAUUGGCCAAUGGUGAUUGCUACGGGCUGUACCAAGGAAGAAAAUUAGUGGCUGUGCUGAAGGACGCGACAGGUCAACACAACGCAGGUGCAGGUGGUAGCAAUGUCGGAAAUCCCAACUCACAGUCACUUCAUGCCCCCGGGGCCGCGCAGCAAGAUGCCGUACAAAAUAAGGCGCUUCGUCAAGGGUCAACCUCAUCUGCACCUUUUGUGGCGAGAGGCGAAAUGCCGCUCCCACCAGUCGCUAAACCAUCUCCGGAUCCGAGUGACAUUCAGCAAAUGAUCUCGUCUGGGCAGGCGGCACUUUUCGAGCAGGAAGGUGUAGUUCCAGGGCCGUCUGACACGCACUUACAACCGGACCGCCAACCAGCCUCUGGCGGCUCUGAUCCCACGGCAGCGUCUCACAUAUCUUCUGCAAACCACGCAUCACCAGGACUUGGUUCCAAGGAUGGGCCGAAUCCUAACCCAGUCGUGUCGGGAGGUGAGGGUGCUCCAGUCAACGAUGCGACGCAUAUGGGAGGCGUAGAAAAAGGAAAUGAUCAGAAGACUGUCGAUGGUGAGAUUCAUUCAGAACAGGGAGAAAAUCAAGCUCUUGGAGCGGAAUCGUCGUCGGUGAAAGAAGAUCCAGAGAAAGUGGGAAAAGAAGAUGUUCAGGGAUUGCAGGAGGCGAUGGAAAAAACGCAGGGGAAUGGAGAGACGGUAGACGCCGGAAAGACAGUUGAAGAGACGGAUAAGACGGGAAUUAAGACGGAAGCGGGAAUGAAAACAGAGAAUGGAGAGAAGAGCAAGACAGAAACUGACGCGAAACCGGCAGAAAAUAAGACAAGUGCUGCUGAAGAAGAAGUACCAACGGGAGAAGGAAAUGACACCAAACAGUCCGAGGAGGGUGAAACAGCCACGGCUACAGAGAAACUGCCACCAGUUUCAGAAGAUUUACCGGCGGGUGAUACACAAGAGGUUGGACAGGGAAGUGUACAGGAGGGACAGGGGUCUGUACAGGAAGGAGAACAAGCUGCUGGACAGGGGUCUGUACAGGAUGCUGUGCUUGAAGGUCAGGGAGAUGCACAAGAGGCAGGACAGGGAUCUGCGCAGGAGGCGCCGCCGACAAGACCGAUUGUCAAUGCUCCAUCGACAAAUGAUAAAGUACCUGUGGAGGACAGCUACGAGACAGGAGGUGACGGCCCACCACUGGACGACGAUUUCUCCAUCAAUGAGCCGCAGCCAGUGUAUAAAGACACCCCACAAGUGGGCCCGAUCGCCCAGCAGCCUAUCGGUGGUUCAUACAUCUCCGGAGCGGUGCCAGCCCAGACGGCUGACUCAAACUUCUUCGCGUACUUCCUGACGGCCGUGGUGCUCUGUAUAGUGCUCUAUCUGGCGUUCCACAACAAACAAAAGAUUCUGGCGCUCGUUAUCGAAGGGCGUUCGUCGUCCGGCCGUCGGAGACCGCACUCCUCGCAGUAUCGGCGACUCGACAACAGUCUAGAAGAGGCGAUCAGCUCGCAACAGAGGAGAGAAGUGGCGAGCAGUAUUGUGUAUUGAUGGGGUGAUGGAAAGGUGAUGUGUUGAUGUGAGGUGAUGGAAAGGUGAUGUGGGGGUGAUGUGGGGUGUAUAUUGUAUGAUGAUAAUGAGAGAUGAGCUGAUGUGAUGGGUAGUAUUGUGUAUUGGUGGGGUGAUGGAAAGGUGAUGUAGGGAUGUUGUGUGUAUGACGUGUGGUGGUGUGUACUGUGUGAUAAGUUGAUGACGUGAGUAGCAUUGUAUGCUGAUGGGGUGAUCUGGCGUUGAUGUGAAAGCUGAUGUUUGUGAUGUAUGGUGAUGUAUACUGAAUCACUGAUGUCUGAGGUGGUUAAGAUUGUGUGCUUGUGGGGAUGAUAUGACCUGAUGUGUACUUGUGACGUGUGGGGAGUAUGUCGACUGAUGUUUGAUAGACUGAUGUGGCGAGUUGUUAGAAGGAUGAUGUGAUGAUGUAUCGGAGUCGGAUGAUGUGCAUGAAGGGAAGAGGCUCACAAACUGAUGAAAUGGCGUCAGGUGAUGUGAGCUGACGUGUACUGAAGGUCAGCAGCAUCGAGUUUUGUUUAAUGAUGUCCUAUCGGUCAAAAUCCUCCGCAGAAACAUUUGAAUAACGAACCUGGCAUCUGGACACUAUUUUCUUGUUUACUUGUUAUCAACAACUGAUGCAUAGCACGAAACAAAACGCUUAGAAAUGGUAACUUAAUGGUUUGUGAUACAGACCUGUAGCAUAAUUGUGAUGCUAAGAGAUGUGAUUAUCAGUCCAAGCAAGUUGUUUGUCAUAAUUAUCACGUGUGAUGAUGAAAGCAAGUGUUGGGUUAUAGGAGACUGAUGGGUUUACUUUUUUGCUCAUUACGGGGUAUGUCUAAUGAAAAUGUCACAUGUAAUGGGCAUGCAUGGUGCAUUUUCUCGUAGUGAUUUCGUUUGUGAUUCAUGUUUGAAGCCAGUUGAAGCGUAGCAUUUUGUAAACAAAAGUGGUACCGAUAGACAAAGCGCCCCUAUGUUAUAAGUUAUAACAAAAAAGUGCGGUGUUUUUAUUGAUUUGUGGCAAUUUAGUGUUGGUGUCGGUUUUUUUGUGCAUUCUUUUUGUGUUUUCUCAGAAUGUGGCCUUGGUUAAUUAGAAACACUCGGGUGUAAAUUUUGUGUUGGCUUUUUUCGUAGCGUCGUACUUCGCUGGUUUUGGUUUUCAGUGUAUAUGUGCCAGUUGUGUACUCUGUUUCUAUUAUCGUUACCCUAUGCUUCGUUGUUUGAUGAAUACUAGGUAUCUGUAGUUGUCAAUGAUGAGAACUACAUUACGAUUGUCUACUCUGGCUUGUGGUGAUUAUGUCGCGUUACAGGGUGCUUUACUCUGCUUAUAGUUCACUUUGUAGUCGCAAGAGGCGCUAGUGAGCAAACUGCAAAUUGUGUGUUUGCUGCUAUUGUUGCUGGGACCAGCUUAGCUUAUCGUUUCAAACUUACAUAGAGGCUAGAGCUAUUCACCCCUCCUAUGCUGUUGAGAAUGCUGAUGAGAAUUAAGCUAGUUCCUAGCUAUCCCUACUGAUCUCUUUUGAGAACUCGGUAAAUCUUUGGCUGAGAAAUUGCCGUUUUUUUCGCAGAAAAUCAUGGGUGUUCUCUCCCCUCCCCCCCCCCCGGUAAGCCUUUCCAUGGGGGCAUUAUUUCAUCGAUCGUAUUCCUCCUUUGUUCUUCUCAUUUCACUUUCACCCUUGCCCUGAGUGAACUUGCUCGAGUGUGACCGUGAGUUUUCCACUGCACGUGUUCUUUCUUUGAUGUGUACGUUUCGAGAGCCGUGACGCUGUGCUGUGAUUGGCUCGUUUGUUGGUCACGUGACCCAUUGGGCUGACGGUUUUCUGGCAAAUGGCAAUUGGCAUUGACUUUAUGUAGUUUUCAAUACACAAUACUGUAUAAGA